UACCUUCCUUUUCAGAUUAAAUUAAACAUUAAUUAGCUGCCAGAUAGUCUUUGAUUAGUGAGAAUCUGCUAAUUGAAGUCGUGCGUACCGCGUUCUAGUAAAUGCAGCAGCAAUCGCAAAACUUACACGCGCCCACAGCAUUGUCCACACCAUUGAAUAUUACCGUUACAUCAUCUGCAAGCGAUUUUCGAUUGUCUGACGCCUCGCCAUCAUCUGUUAUUUAUAGCAAUAAAUUAAAAUCGAGCGGAAAAAACGGUACUAGACAUGCGAUUACAAACGCUAUAGAGAGGAAAAUAGCGAGCACUUUCUAUUACCAGGCUGGAGGAAUGGUAUCAUGCGGCGCCACACGCGUGCUGGAAGCCAAGCAUUUCUAUCACUUUCCUCGCCCAGUUAUUUGUUUGGUGUCGUUAAAAUAAUACGCGUAAAAUCGAAUAAGAAAUAAUAUCAACAUACCGAAGAGAUGGUCGAUGGACUUCCUAUGCGUGAGUGCUCCACAUUCUCUCCUAUUCCGACGAAAUAAGCUUCACACGAUCUUCGGUCAGGAGCGGACUGGAACUACGGAAGCGUGGCUCCCCAGCACUUGGGUAAAAAGAACAUUCUGCAAAAUAAUUUCCAUGACUGAAACUUUCAAACUUUCAAAGGGAAUGCAAGGCCCACGACCGGCCCUGGAGAAGAUGCUCGGCAUUAGCAUGAAACGCCGCCUCGUCGGGUUCUCUCAAUUAGCACCUGGAUCUGCGCCACAGUAUGCCCCCAAAACUUUGGCCUGCCUCAGUUCAGUCUUCGUUGUAAAACACCCGCGUUUGGACGUGCCUUCGAUCGGCCUAUAUAUCAUAUAAAUCCGCUUCACUGCCAGAACUACGAGCGAAAACCGAAAGUGAAUUGCUUAUCCAGCCUGGUCAUGUCUGCAGCCUCCACACACUCCUCGCGCCUCUUGGCCAUCGUGGCCAUCUUAUUCAGCAGCUACACUCUCGGCAUCUACAGUGCGGCACGCGCAAGCAUCCAAGUGCAGCAGCUGGAACCGACAGUCCAAGAGUCACUUGCCACCCAAAAUGACAGUCUGAACCUGCAGGCAGGGACGAACUCCAGUCUGGCACGCAGUGACUCACGACAUGCUCGCUGGUUUCCAUUUUACACAAUCGGUCGCUUCUCCAACGACAUUUGCACGGGAAACAAUCUGCUCCUGGGCACAUGCGUGAUUGCUGGCGAAUGCACGGACAAUAGUGGAGUGGCCGCCGGCAGUUGCUCCACCAUUACCACCCAGGCAAUAUGCUGUAUUUAUCAAAGGACAUGUGGAGCGAGCACCACGUACAACAAUACUUACUUCUACAACAGCAACUAUCCGGCGCCGUAUGCCGGAGGCGGACGCUGCUCUAUUGUGGUGACACCACCGGAUUCAUCAAUCUGUCAGUUGCGAGUUGACUUUCUGGCCCUGUCGCUGGCUCCGCCCACGGGUGAUGGAUUAUGCAGCACAGAUGCGUUGACCAUUACAGGCGGGGCCUCGCAGGUGCCCAGCAUUUGCGGCGAGAACUCUGGCCAGCAUGUCUAUGUGGACUUCAAUGGCGUCAAUCCCAUUACCAUAUCGGUGGCCACUUCCGCGAGCUACACCUUCAAUCGCCAAUGGCAGUUGCAGAUCCGAAUGCUUAGCUGUUCGUCGGCUACGUUGGCGCCGUCCGGUUGCCUACAGUACUAUAUGCCCACCAGUGGCACGUUCUCCAGCUUCAAUUACGUGUCCGCUGCCUCCUCCGCCCUCAACUCGAUUGGGGUGCAGGGCUCGCGGCAGUUGGCGAACACCAAAUACGGCAUUUGUAUACGCAAGGCGGCCGGCAUCUGCUCCAUCACCUACAGCCAGGUCAGCUCCGACACAUACUCGUUUACGCUGACCAACGAUGUGGGAGCUGUGGAUCCCGCACUGCUGGCCACGUCCUCGGUACAGAGCCAAGACUGCACCACCGACUAUAUUGUCAUUCCCGCUCCCACGCAGAGCAGCAGUUCAUUAGCCAGCGACCGAUUCUGCGGCCUGGGCCUGGUGUCCACGACUACUUCGGCGAAGCCUUUUGUCGUCUACACGGUAACCGAUGGAAAUGAGGAUAUGGACAUAUCGAAUCGCGGCUUCUACUUGUCCUAUUCACAAAAUGCAUGUCCAAUUCUAUAGUCCACCGGUCCAAAUUAAUAAUAUAUAAAA